AUGCCUAUGGGGGUGCCGAAGGAAAACCUAUUCGGCGUAGACUAUCUUGGGCCGAACAAGAUUACCGAUCGGGAGAUUGCCAAAUUUCGAGCAGAAUACCGCAUUCCCGACUCGAUACGGAUGAGGAUCCCGGGCCCUACCGAAUCCCUUAGUGCGCCGAAGGACGGCGAAGUAGUUUUCUUUACCGACGUCCUUGUGCAAGGCGUUCGGUUGCCGUUGCAGCCGGCGGUACAGAGGAUUCUAGCCCAGAUCGGCUACGCCCUGGGGCAAUUCAACCCCAACUUCUGGGUGGCCCUCAUGGGAGUGAUAACGGCCUUCGGCAUGGCUGGGAAGGGAGCCCCCCCUAUGAGCAGUUCUCCCAUCUCUACAGCGUUACCAAGUCCAAGUGUGCCGAUCACGGCGGAUGGGUGCAGGCGAACUGCCUCAGGGCUGCCGAUCGAGGCCACUUUGUCAGCUGGGUACCGACGUCACAGAAGUCGUGAAGGAAUCGGCGGGUGCUCCUCUCGGGCGACUGGGAGUCGCCUUCGGGACAGCCUGUCCGAUUUCGCAUUCCCACAACCUUCCAAAUGGCCGGUAGGACCACGUGCCAUUCGGUACCUUCUCUGGGUUCUCUGUUUACCGUAA